UCGCCGGUCCAAACGCAGGAAACGGAAACACAAGUGAUGACGGAUAGAGGUAGUUCAUUGAAUUGUUUCCAAAAGUCGUCGCUGUGGAGAUCGCUCGGUCGGUGUUCUUUAACCUUGUCGGACCUUUUUUCUCUCCAUCAUGGCGGACGUCAAAAAAGUCGCAGUGAAGAAGACCAAGAAGGAACCUAAGGAUGCUGCGAAAAACGUCAUGCGUGAAGUGCGGAUUCGCAAACUGUGCCUCAACAUUUGUGUAGGAGAAUCUGGUGACAGACUGACUCGUGCCGCUAAGGUAUUGGAGCAGCUUACCGGACAGCAGCCAGUAUUUUCCAAGGCUCGUUAUACCGUUCGUUCCUUUGGUAUUCGUCGUAAUGAGAAGAUUGCUGUGCACUGUACUGUUAGGGGAGCAAAGGCAGAAGAAAUUCUAGAGCGUGGUCUGAAGGUACGUGAAUAUGAACUGCGAAAAGAGAACUUCUCAGGGACUGGAAACUUUGGUUUUGGAAUCCAAGAACACAUUGACUUGGGAAUCAAAUACGAUCCCAGCAUUGGUAUCUAUGGUCUGGACUUUUACGUCGUACUUGGACGCCCUGGCUUCAACGUAGCACACAGAAGAAGGAAGACUGGUAAAGUUGGAUUCCAGCAUAGACUCACCAAGGAGGAUGCCAUGAAGUGGUUCCAACAGAAAUAUGACGGUAUCAUUCUUGCUGGUAAAAAGUAAUUUACCUCGUCUGUAUCUUACAUUUGAACUACAUUAAUAAAACACCAAAAAAAAAAAAAAAA